CCGGUCCGGGCUCGGACCAGGAGUCCAGGAUGCCGUGUGGAGACGCGGUGGCCGUGUGGGACGUGGCUCUGAGCGACGGCGUCUAUCGGGUCGAGUUCGCUCACGGAACCACCACUGGAAAACGGGUCGUCUACGUCAACGGGACGGAGGUGAUGAGGAAGGACUGGAUGUUCAAGCUGGUUGGGAAGGAGUCGUUCUCGCUGGGCGGCGCCGACACCAAGGCCACCGUCAGCAUCGAGGCCGUCGGCGGCUUCGCCUACCAAUACUCGCUGACCGUCGGCGGCAAGAGCCUGCAGAAGUUCAUCGACCACAGAGCCAAGACCACCAAGACCUGGGUGGUCCGGGUGGACGGGACGGACUGCAGGGUCGUCCUGGAGAAGGACACCAUGGACGUCUGGUGCAACGGGCAGAAAGUGGAGACAAGGGGAGAGUUUGUGGACGACGGCACAGAGACCCACUUCACCCUGGCAGAACAUUCCUGCUGCAUCAAGGCCACAAGUGGAGGCAAGAAGAAGAACGGCAUCGACCACAACCUGCUGCUGGACGGACUCAAGGUUCCUGCUUCCUCCCAGUAGAGCCGGACCAGAACCAAUAGAACUGGACCAGAACCAGUAGAGCCGGACCAGAGGUUCAGACAGACCCAGCAGGGGGCGCUGUGGGAUGGCCUCACAGAUGUGGGACUUGUUGUUUUUCUUUUCUGACUCUAACAAAUAAAGCUGUAUCUCCUCUGCCGGUAUUUU